GCUAGCUAGCUACUCGAUCGAGCUGCAAGAGCUUCUUGAUCGGUUGUUGGUUCAUCACUUGGAUUGGAUCUCGCACGACACACGCGUGCACUCAUGGCGGACCUGGUCUCCGACGUGCUCCUGUCCUUCUUCUGCUGCUGCUUCUACCCUCCCGGGGGGCACCACGACACGCGACACUACCGCGGCCACCCGGCGGGCAGAAGCUCCGCGCAUCGUCACCACCACGGCGCCGCGGGUCGUACGGUGGCCAGUCGGAGCAGACCGGCCCUGUCUCUCCAGACGGUGGAGCUCAAGGUCCGGAUGUGCUGCGACGGCUGUGAGCGAGCCGUGAUGCAGUCUCUCGUGAACCUCCGAGGAGUGGACGGCGUGGAGGUGGACGCCGGGACGGGGAAGGUGAGGGUGACGGGGUACGUGGAGCGGGGAAAGGUGCUGCUGGAGGUACGCCGCCGGAGCGGGAAGAAGGCGGACUUCUGGCCGAGCGGCGGCACGCCGCUGCGCUUCGCGUCUCCCGGGGGCUGCUUCGGCGGCAGCGAGCCGUACCGCGACACCUACAGCUACCACCGACGCGGCUACGGUGAUGGUGGUGAUCGUCACGGCCGCGCCCGCAGGCCUGCUCGUGGCAGCGACGCCGUCAGCAACAUGUUCAACGACGAUGAUGUCAACGCGUGCGCGAUCAUGUGACGGCUUCACGAGGAUAUUUGUGGCAAUACUUACGUGCUGCCGGUUCAACUGGCUCUAGUUUUCGUGGAAGUAUCAUGAAUCUUUAUGUACGAUGAGAUUGCAGUGAAUCUGAUCUCCUCGCCGCAUGCAAAUGCAUUACUCCCUCCAAUUUGUACUAAAGCAGCUGCAAGUAAUA